ACGCAAAGUGCGCCUCUGACGGCGGUAAAAAAAUUUUCUUUUUUUUCUUUCACGGAAGCAACUUUACUGGCGACCUUUGGAAUACAGAAUAUAAAUCAAUACAGCAGCCUCCCCGUGGAACUCUGCGCUGGUUGCACUUGACACUGGGCGGCCACGCUUUUAAGACGGUGAGAAGCAACCGGCGAGCGAUGGUUCCCGAGUUCUUCCUUCUUGCCGCGGAGAAUUUCGAAGACACGUUCCGUCGAAUGACCCCAACUUGCUCCCUGCCCGCGUGAGAGCCGCCGUGUCGGCGCAGAAUUGAAAAUGUCUGACGUUGGAGAGUCAUCCGAGGGGGCACGAUCAUCCUUCGAAAAUGCCUCUAUGUUCGACGUCAUAUCGGAGCACAUGGCGCUGUCCCUGCCCGAGCUGGAGCUGCAACUGCUCCAGGCCGGCACCUUCCCGGACGUGCACUACGACUACGGUGGCCUCCCCUGCCCGUACGCGCACGACUCGUUCGCCGCCGGCGAGCAGCGUUCGCCGGGUAGCCCGCGCAGCGCCUACCACCGGACCCACAGCGCCCGGUGGCCAGCGGAGACGCCCGGCAGGAUCGGGGGCCCCAGCAGCAGCUGUAGCAGCAGCAGCGGGGGCAGCGUCGCGGCCAGCGUGGGAGGCAGCAGCACCAGCGGGAGCCCGCAGCCGCACCUCACCGAGAUGGAGGUCGCUUCGUCGAGCAGGCAGCAGAGCGGAGGACGAACGGUCAAGGACGCCCAGGACCUGUGCCUGGUGUGUGGGGACCGGGCCUCGGGCUAUCACUACAAUGCCCUCACCUGCGAGGGCUGCAAAGGCUUUUUCCGCAGGAGCAUCACCAAGAAGGCGAGCUACGUGUGCAAGAACGGCGGCGCGUGCGAGAUGGACAUGUACAUGCGACGCAAGUGCCAGCAGUGCCGGCUCAGGAAGUGUCGGGAAGUCGGCAUGCUGGCGGAGUGUCUUCUUACGGACAUCCAGUGCCAGUCCAAGCGAAUGCGCAAGCAUCCCAAGCGGGCGAUGGCGAGGGCAGGCCUCUCGGAUGAUGUCUCGGCCACCGUGGGACCCCACAAUCUCGCGCCAGGUACCACGGUCAGCAGGCAACUGAUGGCGGAUCAGGAUGAGUGGGUGCUGACGGGCGAACAGCAGAGACUCAUUGACUUGAUCGUGGGGGAACACCGCAAGUACAGGAUCCCGCACGACACCUUGCAGAAGUUCGUCUUUCAAGAAUACUGGGAAGGAGGUGACAAGGAGAAGUUGUGGGAGAUCGCUACCAUCCAAGUCCAGGUGCUGGUGGAGUUCACCAAAAACCUCCCAGGCUUCCAGACCCUGGAUCACGAGGACCAGAUCGCGCUGCUCAAGGGAUCGGCCAUCGAGGCGAUGAUCCUGCGCUCAGCCCAGGUCUACAACAGCCGGGCGACGGAUCCGCACGCCAUGCUCAUCAACGAGAAGAAGAUGCGCACACUGAAUAUUGCGGAGGAGUUCAUCGAGCCCAUGUUCAUCUUCUACCGCAGCAUGGGAGAUCUCAACGCGACCGAGACAGAGUACGCUUUGUUAACGGCGACCGCCAUUCUUUCAGCAGAUCGACCGUACGUGCGCGGUCACCGCCUCGUCGAGUCACUGCAGGAGCCUCUGCUGGACAUCCUCUACAAGCUGUCCAAGCAGCAACACCGGCAGGACCCCCAGCACUUUGCCCGCCUCGUGGGCAAGCUGACCGAGCUGCGGACGCUCAACCACAAUCACUCGGAGGUGCUCAUGUCCUGGCGCCUGCAGGACCAGAAGCUGACUCCGCUGCUCUGCGAGAUCUGGGACAUCCAGUGACGCCAGCUGCUCAGGAUCCACUCGCUCGUUCGUUUGUAUCCCACUCAUCUUCCUCAUCCGCCGAGUUAUUUUUUUCCACUCUCCAGAAUUUGGCUUACAUGUAUAUUUUAUACGUUUUGUAUUGAAGUGUAACAAUGUGGGGUCGUCACGUGUGCACGGUGCGGCGUGAAUGUACGACUGCGGUUACGGUGACACGUGCUAGACAGUGGAAGCCAUGGUCGCUCUGCGUUAUUGAAGGCGCUCACGUUAUUUGAUACAAUGCCACUCUCUUAUGGUCACGGCAGCAAUAAUACUUCAGACAUGCCGUUGAAUUAUUUACGACUCAGAAAUUAACUAUCCGAACAGAAUUUUCUUUUACAAAGUUUAUUGUGGGUUAAAAAAACAUUUUCCCCCCAUUACCUCGCGAAAUAUUUCAAAUCCCUUUCGAUUAAUUGAGGCAGAAUAUUGUACACAUUCUGUGAAAUAUAUUUUAUCGGUUCAGGCUGUAACUGAACCAAUGGCUGGAUCAGGAGAAUCCCCAAGGGUCCCAUUGUCUUCCGUGUGUGGCAGCGCACACCGCACUCUCAAUUAUUCUUAAUUUGCCCUGCCACUUCAUAGUACCCCCUCCCUUCCACCUGCUGAAUUGUUUUGCUUACACACAGGAAAGAGAGAAAUAAAAAAACAGCAGUAUGUGGGACUGUCUUCUUUAAUUAUGAUGCAUUUUUCCCAAUUGUAUCUCACCCAUCCGAAUUGUACAAAAUUCUGUAAUAUGAAUUGGAUGUAUAUGCUUUAGGGCCUAAAUACGACGUCAUCUCAAAGCACAAUAAGGAAAUAAUUGGCAUAUGUAUUUUUUGAUGGAAAGAUACAGUCGCGGUCAAGGGCAGAGGGCGGGGGGGAUGGAAAUGAAGGUUUUGAGUCUGGACUUGAAGAGGACCAGGGAGUCCAUAGCAGAGAUGUCGGGAGAAAAAACAAUUCUACACCAUGGGGACAGCAAAGGAGAAUUAGCAACUGCCCACUGAAUUUCGAUUCAAAGCUUUCGUGACUGCAGGGAUUCAUCUUCUUGGUUCUUUCGGUAAAGUCACGUAGAAGGGAAGUAAUGAAAUAAUAAAAAUAAAACAUAAUAAAAUAAUUCUCACGACGUUUCGGCCACAACGCAAGCAGCCGUCCUCAGGUGAAGACGCUGUCUCCCCGACAGACC